AAUUAGAACUGCUUGAAAUGAAUAAAUGUGAGUGCAAAAUGCAGGUGUACGAUGCUUCGAGGAGGGUAUGGACGAGAAAAGGAGAAGAGCAAGAGGAAGCAAGGAAGGAUUUCUUUGAAAGCUUUAAGACAUUGGAGGGAGAGCUUGGCGAGAAGCCUUACUUCGGGGGUGAAACAUUUGGGUUUGUUGACAUUUCUCUCAUCACAUUCUACAGCUGGUUCUAUGUGUAUGAGAUUUUUGGAAAAUUCAGCAUGGAAGAAGAAUGCCCCAAGAUUAUUGAAUGGGCUAAAAAGUGUUUGCAGAAGGAGAGUGUCGCCAAAUCUCUUCCUGACCAGAAGAAGGUUUAUGAGAGUGUCUUGGAGUGGUAUGGACUAGAGUAA